GCGGAGCGGGCCGGGCUGAGGCGGGGGCUGCGGCGAGGGGGACCCGGCAGCGCCGAGUCAAGCGGGGCCGAGCCAGAUAUGAACAAUGACCAUAGUUAACAAGCCAAAAUCCUCAAAAUCUAAAAAAUCAUCAUCAAGGCGGUCUGACAAACCUAAGAAACCCCGUACUAAAAAAAUGACAUCACGCACUGCAAAUCUGGGCCGGGUACCACCUACAGAAGAUCCAAAAAAAGUCUCUGUGGACAAAGGACAUGGAGAUGCUAUUUAUUGUAGAUCAUCUCAAAAAACUAAGCCUUUUGCCCAAAGAGAUCUAGUUGUUAAUGAUGGAAUUGCCCCGCCACAAAGGAUUCUUUUCCCACCUGAGAAAAUUUGUAUGGACUGGCAGCAAACACAAAGUGUUGGAGUUGGACUACAAAAUCUUGGCAACACAUGCUUCCUGAAUUCUACUCUACAGUGUUUAACCUACACACCUCCUCUAGCCAAUUAUAUGCUUUCUCUUGAACACACCCAGUCUUGUCAUGAAAAAGGCUUCUGUAUGAUGUGCACUAUGGAAACUCACAUAAACCAGGUCCUGUGCUUCUCUAAUAAUGCCAUCAAACCCACCUCUGUUAUCAAUGGCCUUAAAAGAAUAGGAAAACAUUUCCGUUUUGGCAGUCAAGAGGAUGCACAUGAAUUCUUAUGCUUCACUGUUGAUGCUUUGCAGAAAGCUUGCUUAAAUGGAAGCACCAAAUUGGACAGAUCUUCUCAAGGCACCACGCUUAUUUAUCAAAUAUUUGGAGGAUAUCUAAGAUCACGAGUGAAGUGCUUGAACUGCAAGGCUGUUUCAGAUACGUAUGAGCCCUUCCUAAAUAUUCCUUUGGAUAUAAAGGCCGUUACAUCUGUCACCAGAGCUCUAGAACAAUUUGUGAAACCAGAACAACUGGACGGUGAAAAUAGCUAUAAGUGCAGCAAGUGCAAAAAGAUGGUUCCUGCAUCAAAGAGGUAUACAAUACAUCGUUCUUCCAAUGUCCUCACCAUAUCUCUGAAAAGAUUUGCAAAUUUUACAGGUGGAAAGAUCAACAAGGAUGUAAAAUACCCUGAAUAUCUGGAUCUUCGAGCAUAUAUGUCCCAAGCAAUUGGAGAACCACUCAUCUAUGCUUUAUAUGCAGUUCUAGUACAUAAUGGCUUCAACUGUAAUGCAGGACACUAUCUCUGCUUCAUAAAGGCUGGUAACGGACAUUGGUAUAGAAUGAAUGAUGCCUCAGUAGAGCUUUCUGAUAUCAAAACAGUUCUCACACAGCAAGCUUAUGUACUUUUUUAUAUCAGGCGUUAUGAUUUGACACUUGGAGAACGUGCUUUCUACUUACCUGCACCAUCUUAUCCCCGUCCAUUCCUUGGUCAGCGGGGGGCUAACAGUAAGCAGGCUGGAUUUAUAGGACCACGACUUCCUCCUCAUAUGAUUAAGAAUACAAGUCACUUAAAUGGAAAUGGACCCCUAAAAGAGGAUCCAAAUAAUGUUGGUGUCACCCUAAAAAGGCCAUCAUCAGCUCCACCAACAGCUUGUGUACAAAACUGGGCAAUUACAAGGCCAUCAGUUACUGACUCCUCAAAAAACCAGAAGAUAACUAUCAGUAUUCAUAACAAAUUGCCUGCACGACAAACUGUGUCACAGCCUGACUGUCACAGUAGUGCUGCAGAGGAUGAGGAUCUAAGCAAGCCCCUUCCUUCAUCCACAGUUACCAAUUCUGCACUGGAUUCUACCUCAAAUACAUCUAGAGUGUCAGUUGCUGCUAACCAUUCUAAACAGGAAGGUCCUGAUGAAACUUUUGUUGAGCCAGCAGUGAAUGGGAAUGCUAAACUAAGCUUUGAUAACACAGUCCCUUACAGUGCAGAGCCUUCAGGAAAAGCUGAGGUAACCAAGGGCUUGUUUAAACGGAACUGCAACGUAGUAUCUUCUAAUGGAAUUUUGAUUGGAAAAGUGGUCCAUACAUUGCAGAAUUCCCAUACUUCCUGCCAGAAUGUUAAAGAAGAAAGAUCUCAGCGUGAGCUGCCAAAAAAAGAUUCACUCAAUGGUGCUAUUAGUAUAGAUAAUGAAUUUAAAGAAAAUGGACUUAAACUUGAUGAUUCCGCUUGCCAAGUUCCACCUGUUAAACCUUCUGAGGUUUUCUUUUCUAAAACAAAUGGAUUGCUUGACACAAUGACUGUAGCUUUGUCACCAGUUCCCCAAGAAAUUAUCUUAGAAUCUCUUGGAUAUAGCCAGAUGAACAGCUUGUCUGAGGAAAUGAGUGUCCCUGGACCUCAGAAACGUUGUGAAAAUGAUGUUCAGAUGGAUACUGCAGUGAUGGAAAAAGUGUUUGCAAACGAAGAAUCCAGGAAGGUGCCUUCCAGCUUCAGCUGCAACACUGAGAAUGUUUUAACUAAAUCUGAUGCUGAUAAAUGCCAAGAUAAAUGCCAGGUCACAAAGGACAUUUCUAAUAACUAUGUAGAAGUACCACCUGUAAAUGACUCUUCUAUUACAAAGCUGGAUAAAGUUUUGGAGAGUCAGUUUUCUAGAGAUGAGGGAUUGAGUAACAAAAAGUCUGAGGAAGAUAAACAUAGGAAAAAAUAUAAGAAAAAAAUGCAUGACUCUAAAAAAAAUGACAAAGAGCACUACCGAAAAAAGAGAGAAACCUCAGACACUGAAGAGAAGGAGAAGCAAACCAGAAGCAAACCAGAUGAUCAGUCCCCUAGGCGGCAGUGCUCUCGCAGUGUGGAAGCAAACAAGCAAAAUCGUCAUAAGCAGGAGUAUUGUAGUGACAGCAAGUAUAGAUCUUCCCACAGUGACAGAAACAGUCCCAAUGAUGGCAAAAGCUCAGGAAAAUAUUCUUGGUAUAGAUCACGAAGCAAGGAAAGAAUGGAACAGGACAGGAAUAGGUAUUAUCACUACAAACGAGAGAUAACUUGGAGCCGAGAAAGAUACCAUCAAGAUCAACCAUGGAGAUGGGAAAAAUGCAGAUACUACAAUGAAUAUUAUUUCUGUCAUGGAGCAAGAGACAGUAGAAAGUCCUCUUACUGUGAUAAAGACUUUGACAAAUCCAGUCAAGCUUACAACAGGUCGCAUAAGGAUUAUCACUGCAAAAGCAGAUGGCCUCACAAUGCACUCUCUAGAGAGGAAGAUGUACAUCACUUUAGUAGCCACAGAGCAAAUUUACAUCAUUGUUCAGUACCUCAUCAGCAAUCAGAAAAAUAUUCUCGUGAGAGACAUGGACUUCCAACUGUGUCAGCUCAUUCAAAUUUUGAGGACUCAUCCCGGGAAAUUGAAAAAGAAAGACUAAGAAAUAGCAAAAGAAAAUACACCCACACAGAAGAAAGUGGAAGUGAGGUAGAAAAGAAAUGCCGAAAGAUAGAUGACCAAAGAAUGAAAAAAUACAAGAAGGUCAAGAAGAAAAAGAAGUCCAAAGAUAAACAUCGUGAGAAGGAUUACAAACUUUAUUAUAUGGAUUUCUCUGUGCUCCGCUUUGUCAAUGACAAUCGCAAACGUAAGAAAAAGAAGAAAAAGAAGAAACACAUCAGGAAACUGAAAGGGUUCUUGGAAUAUUUAGAUCCUCGUUUCCAGAAGAAAACACGGGAAAAGAAGGAAGAGUCCUGUCCUCCAGGCAACUAUUUAUGUGAGCAAUACAAAAGCCAGGGCAGUAAACAACCCUACAAGGAAGGGAAGCCUUACAGUCCGGCAGGUGACAGCAAGAGAUACAGCUCCAGCACAUCCACUCAGGAUGUUAAAGCUUUGGAGCUUACUGCUGGAAGCCUUCAGUUCUCAAACUAAACCUUCCAUCAAAACCAACAGCUUUUUACCAUCAAAUGCAACAUUUUACCAUUUUGAUCAUCCAACCCGACACUUUACCGAUAUUGAACACCAAACCCAACACUUGCCGAUUCUGAUCAUCAAAACUUAAAAGUUAUUAUCAAAACAAUUAUCAUCAAGACAAAAUCCAGUCAUAAGUGGUGCUUAACAUUUCUGUACAGAAUUUUACCAUGAAAGAACUUUUUUUUAGUUUUUAACUUGAGACUUUCUUUUUUUAAAAAUAUACUUCUAAUCCAAAAGGGUGGAAACUUUUUACAACUGCUGAACAUUGUAAAUUACCACAUAAACAUCUCACUGAUGUGAGAUAAUGCCCUGGAAUAGACCAUCUCAAAUGCUGCUUAAUUACAGACUCAGGUUGACUUUAUGUUAUUCAUGUAAUGUUACUCCAAGUUAGACAUCUGGUGCAAGAGCGACCAGGAAUUAUAAAAACUGCAACUGACAGUCUGUAUAUUUAAUUUAAAGACUUAUUUAAAAUUUCACAGGCUCUCAAAUAAGUAGAGUUUUGCAAGAGCUGCAUCUUUUUUUCUGUGAUGUCUGACACUAGAAACUUAUUUACUUCACAUUUGAGUUAUAUUCAAGAUCUGAAGAAAAUCUUCUGGUUUUCAACAUUGUGAAGCAACAAAUAUGCAGUUCUGAAUGUAUCUCUCAAGACUAUUUGUAUACUCUUCCAUAUGUUUUUAUUACAUUUUCUUAAUAUACUGUCACUUGUCUUAAGUCUCAGUUGUCUGUUUUGUCUCUCUAAAGUGUCUAGUUACAGACAAAUUCAUACUGUGAUUUUUAUUUUUAUUAUUAAAUGCUAUCAAACUGUGAUGCACUUAUUAUUCACUGGUCCUGCAUCAGGAGAUGAGUGGGGAACCUGUAUUAAAUACAGUUCAUCUGAAUAAUCUGUCUGGUUUAUACAAGCUGUGUUGUUCAGAGAUGUCUGAAGUUUGAUCUUUGUUUUUUUUUAAAGAAGAUAAAAAGCACUUGCCCCACUGUAAAUAUAUAGCAUGUAAAAUUUAUAUAGUAUAUAAAUACAGCGAAGUUAAAAUGGAUUUUUACUUGAGUUUUACUUGAGUUAUUUAACAUGCAAUAUGUCAUGUGAAUUGACAGCUUCCAGAGUGUGUUUGCUACCCAUGAAAUCAGAUCUUCUCACCUACCACUGAAAGGAAGAUGCUGAUGCUGUCAGUGAGACACAGAGAAGAUAAGAAACUUGGGACUUCAGCUGCCUAGACAAGGAUGCAGAAGGCCUCCUCAGAAGUUAAAAGCUUCCAAAAACAGGCAACAGGUUGGAAGCUCAGCAGUAGAUUUUUACAGUAUGUGACACUAAAACAACAACAAAACAAAAAGAGGAGCAAGGUUUGAGUUUUACUAAAUACUCCAAGGAAUAUUUUGGUACAUGGAGAACACCAUAAAACCUAACCAUAAGUGUACCCUGCGUAAUGUUCCUAUGGCAACAAUUAUGUGACGUUACAUAAAGUAACAUGACAAAGAAACCACA